UGAAGGGUGAAGAUGGAGGUCCGAGUGACGCCAGUAGAGGGGCGAAGUCUCCGAGUGGCGGCAGCAGCAGUUCAACAGAAGGAUCCCAAAUAGACAACCUCAUCACUCAACCAUCAGAAAGCGACAACGCCACAUCACAUUCGCUGUUCUAAUAGUCAGGAUCCACUGUCAACAGAUUACGUGCCAUCGGUGUUUGCCCACACAAAGACCCCUGCUAAAAGGCGUGCCCUGGAUAUGCACCAGGAUUAUGGCAGGAGGCAAGAAAUGAAAAGAAAAAUACAGCUUCAGCAGGUUUCUUUAUUUGUAGAUUUACAAUCAAAAAAUGUUUAAAUGAAAAUACGUCAUAACAGUGUAUUUGUAAGUACAGUAAACUAGUAAAUUACAGCAUAUCGAAAUUGUUCCAUUAUUUUGUGACUGUUUCUUCACUCCGCCGAUUCAGUGGGCUGUGUGGUAUCUGACAGUAAUUUUUCUGGGCAUGUGUACUUCUUUGCCAGCAGCUCUGGUAAAAUAACUGAUUGAUUGAAAAUUGUAACUUUUUGCACAGCUUAUGUAAAUAAGUCAGCGUCUGGAAAUAUUCUCUGUAUGAAAUACAUAAUCUUAUUCAGACCACACCAUGAAGUGGCUGUGUUACAAACAGCUGUGCUUGCGACUGGUAGCAGUACGCAUGAUCUUUAGAGCUUCAGAAGAGGGACUUGCUGUGAUGUACCUGAAAUAAUAAAUACAGUGUACAUACCUUUGCAUGGUAACGAUUUUAUGUAUAUGUUAGACAUGCCUCUGUGUGCUUGAACAAGUCUAACCUUGACCAUUAUGGGAUAUCUUGUCCCACCAGCGUGGCAGUAGCAACUUGUUCUGGUGACCCAGCCCACAAUAAAAACCUGGAACGCAUCCAGACUUGUAUAUGCUUUUAAAUCGGCUCCAGUGUACGGUGAGACACUAGCCACGUUUACAUGCUGACUUUUAUUCAUACCGAUUCAAAUCAUUCCGAAUGGAAAUUUCAGAUCAGCUGUUUACAUGUCACUUCAUCUAUUCCGAUCCAGCGUUUACAUGUGACUGCCUUUAUUCCGAAAGGACGUUUGACAACUGCCGUCUGACAUGCGCAGAUUAAUCAAAACAAAGCGUUGCAAAACAUGGAGAUCGAUCGUCGGAGUGCUGCUGUUUUAACUUUAACCCACUUGUUGUGUUUGUGGGGUCGUAUCCGCUUCUGCUGUUUUGCUCUUUUGCCUUGUAGUAGCCGGUUUUCCACCGGUUUAUAAUCUGGUCAACGCUCCGGUCUAUUCCGGCUUCGUGUAACCUCUCGUGAACUUUUUUAAAUAGUUCACUGUUCCUCGUUUUACGCCCGUCUAAGCGAGCAAUUAUAUUCAAUUCUUUUAAAGUUUGAAUUAAAUACAAUCUUUCCGCCGGACUCCAAUUAGGUGCGCUGUGCUUGGAAGCCAUGUUGCAAGUGACGUUACUUACGUCACAUAGUGACGUCACCACGUCAGUACGGAGCAUGUGCAGAAAGAACGCAACCAGACACCAUUCCGCUUCCCUGUUUACAUGAUAUAAUUUUACUUCUAAUCGGUUUGGGAAAAGGAAUAUUCCACCCCUGUGAAUCGGAAUGAAAUUCCAUUCGGUUUGGGCCUGUUCAUUCCGAAUGAGGUGUUUAUAUGGAAAACAUUUAUUCGGUUUGAACAAAUAUUCCGAUUGUAAUUGGAAUAUUUGGCUCCAUGUAAACGUGGCAACUGUUUAGCACAUAGUGAUAUAAAUCGUGUGGCGUAAACUCUGUCAAAGUUUGUGGAUUUUAUCAAAUCAGUGAAGACUGCAGAAGCGAGAAGGUAAGGGUCGUUUCUAAACUUGCUAGUUGUAAUUUCUGCAUAUAUCGCGAUCUAUCUGCGCUGACUAAAUGUAGAUGUCCUCGGUAAUUCCAGCGUAUCUUAGAGUUGCUGCAGUUAAAAGGCUCGUAGUUGGGUCUCGGGAUCAAGCUGACAGUCCACCUCCAGCCCCAGCCUCUUGGCCACCCCCAGGUUGAAUGACGUAGUCUCUAUAGACCCUACCCACGUGACGUCACAACUCCGCUCUCCUGAAUGGUACCGUCUAACUGUCCGUCAAAACAUAGUGUUAACCUGUUACGGCUACGUACAUUCCUCCUAUUUACGGCGUGUUUUUCUGCUCCUUAACAUUAAUAAUCAAAAUGGUGAAGGCGUGUGUGGGUGUUGGUUGCACUAACAGAGAAGAUGGAAGGAGAGACUUGAAGUUUUACCGUAUUCCGAGGGAUCCAAAGAGGAGAGCGAAAUGGACGGCUGCAAUUCGACGUGAAAACUGGGCACCAAAAAAUCACCACAGACUAUGUAGUAGUCAUUUUAUAUCCGGUAAGAUGCAUUUAAGAUAUACUUAGACGGUUUUGGGCUGACAAAUAACCACAAUUAAGAUCAUUGCUAGGCUAAUCGCCGACAACAUACACGUAUGUAUGUAGUGAGAGUGCUAUCGCUAAACCAUAUAAACAUUAAAAGCCUUAACUCCAUUGACAAACGACAUGAAAUACAUUAGACUUGACAGUGGAUGUUAGCAAGAACAAAAGAUUUUGAAUUGAAAAUUUCGUAACUCACCUUUCCAAGCACAAGAUAGAUUCCUGCCGAAUUUUCGUGGACGAGGACCUGUUUCACCCAACCAGCAACGAAGUAUUUAUAAGCCUCCAAGCUCUUAAAGUUUUUCAAAUUUUCGGGAGAAUAGGCUGAUUUUGUGUGGACAAGAUAAUUGUAAAUAUCAGCGUAGCAGAUGUCAGGCAGACAGGGCGAAGACAGUGGGUCGAAAAACAUCGAUUUGGGCAUCAAAUAUGGAUCUGGCGACUGUAUAGAACGAAGCUUUUCCACAUAACGCCUUUUAUGCAACACAUCCAGUGAGUUUACGGCAUCAGAAAGCACCGGGUCUUCCAUGAAAUGCAUUUUAAAUUCUUCGAUCAAUUGAAACCAAUGCUAAUACAGAGACAAAAUGACGGACAAGUGGGCGGAACCAUACAGCGAGCACGUGGUUUUGUGACGUCGGUGGGUAGGGUCUAUAUAUGCCCAUCAACUCACCGGAACACUUCCUGUGAUGCACAUCAACUUAUCUUCCCUUGUCUAACAGCAUUUUCAACGUGUAAAGAAACGAACAAAAAACUUUUUAUGUUUUAUUUAUUUAUUUAUGCGUUGACAUAAUUGUGCUAUUUACACAUACUGAUUAGCAACAGGCUAGCAGCAGAUUCAGUAGAUGUAGUAAAUGAUAACCAUAAAUCAUAAAUGAUCAUCAUAAUUACAAUCAUCAUCAUAAUAACAAUAUCAGAGGCAGCAAGUCGUUUUAUGCGCAAGAUUUUAGAUUUAGGAAGAACAUACCUUCCAUAACACAGCGUCAACAUAGCUACCGGUCGUCAGCCGUAUGGCCUUCUCGGGGGACAGGGAGUAUUUUCAGUUCACCCACAAAAUGCAAGCCACCUCCUUAUUAAAAUUUGUGCCAUGAUUCCAGUAUUUGACUUAAUAUAAAAUACGUAGCUUACUCACCUCACAAUGGUCCCAGAGUUGUCGGAUUUGUUUUGACCAUUAUCCGCGGAGAACGGGAACUUUUUGAAACCCAAAAAGGCUCACAUGCCUCUCCCAGGUGCAGCAGCAAAAGCCUGCAGCAUACUGGGCUGGCGUAAUGUGAAAAAUAAACGAAAUAAUCCGCAAAAUCAGCUGAAUCCGCCGUCAUUCUGCAUACUUUAGUAUUGACUGUAUACCGUAAAUUCUGGAUUACAAGCCGCUACUUUUUUCCCUCAUUUUGAAUCCUGCGGCGUAUGCAAUGAUGCGGCCAAUUUAUCAAUUUUUCUAACGACCGCCAAGAGCGCUCGAGCAUAAAAUGCAAGCAUAAGACACGUGGAAUAUGUGUGUCGAGGAAGAUGCUAGUUGGCACUCUUACCCGUAUUUUAAAUUUGUGCUUUGUGCACGAAUAAAAGUAGCAGACCCUCAUCUUUGUGCAUUAGUAGAAUUAGCAUAGCCUGGUACUCCAGACUCACCGCUGUUCCAGCUAUUGAGUCUGGCCACCAUUAAGCGGAUAAAAUUUUCAGGGCGGAGCAAGCCAAAGCAAACAGACAGUAGAGUGGACCAAUCAGCGACGGGCGGGACGAGGGACUUGCGCGCGGAAGUAAACAUACGAGGAGAGCGGCGUUUAUUCAACAUGGCUAGCGCGAGACAGACUGUUGUCACUGACUUGUGUCGAUGUGUUUUUGGUAAUUUAAAACUGAUUUUACCGUGGAUUGAAACAUAUUUUCGGCUCUCCUGUUCGCCAUCUGUGUUGUGGAGACGACUUCCGACGCGAAAGAGUGACACCGCUCGUUAAGAGCACGUCACGCAAAUAAACGAAUCUGAUUUAUCGAUUGAUUUUGUACUUGCUCGAGAGGGCGUUAAUGGGCUGGGUCUCAGACUAUUCUCUCAUUGUUUGAAAAACACACGGAGAACAGUCUGGCCGUGCCAGGCAAGAAUUAGCAUACCCGCAUCAUGCUCGAAGAAAUGGAUAUGACGUGCCGAGUUGAAUUGAAGGCUUGGAUGGCCAGCGGCGUCAGAUCCAGAGGUUGCGCUAGACUUUUUCGUUGUCUGUCAUUUUGACUGACAGUGUCAUAAAAAUCCGGUCAUAAUCUAUUUUUACCAGUCACUUACAUUUUUAAAAUGAUAAUAAUGACAUAUUCUAUAGUAUUUAGUUUUCAUUCAUUUUUAAUUAAUAUUCUGUCCGAAUAAGCUUAAUGUAGUGGAGAAAACUGGAUUCUCGCUGAUUCAGGUUGAUUUUAGCUGUGUUCACGUCAGUGUGUUGGCCAAACACCACUUAAGGCUCACUCAAAGUAGAGGCAAUCACGGCACUUGGACAGGUGGCUGGAUUUCUCCUUUUUCUUUAAUGCAAAUCCUCUUAAAUCAACUUUAUACAGUCCAUUCAUCCCAACUGUCCAUGUAGAUGUGGAAAUGGUUAUAUUCUUGAGUAGGUGUUUGUGGGUAUAUAUGUGUGUAUCUGUGUGUGUGGUUUAUCUGUACAAAAGACAUAAAAAGAAGCAAUAAAUAAAUAUACAUUGCUUAAAUUCAACUUAAUUACAUUUAAACAUGUAGAUGGAAUAUUCGAAGUUAAGCUUUAACUAUUUUCUACGCUCCAGCUAAGCACUUCCGGUUUCGGGCACUUAUUGUGAAGGCGGAUUCACUCUACUUCCGGUGCGCUAUGCCGCAACUUGUCGCUAUUUUAGAAUCGCAGCAUAGCAACACGCUAACGGACUACCACGCAAAACAAUCGGACGAACUAUCAUAACAACAGUAAAAGAUAAUAAUCAUAACAAAUUGUCUACGUAAAUAUGAAUGCUGCUUGUGAUACUCACUUUGCAUUUACGCACAGCAAUGAACAAACACACAAUUAGACGCACGCUCAUGUCGUGCAUCCACCCGUGACUUUCUUACUAUUGACAGCCGCAUUCUGGUACGGUGCAUGCGCAAUCUUUCACUACUAACUGUUCACCUAUUUACGUCAGCCAAAUGUGGGAAUCAAAUGAUGCUGAAAGCAUUGAACGAGCAACUGUGAACAUCUUAAGCAAACAAUCACAUAACUUUGUAGCCUUUUCUACACUUAACAAGAGGCAAACAGACAGCGGAGUUCACCAAUCAGCGACGGGCAGACGUGCCGCUAGCAAAGCGACAAGGGCAGGACGAGGGACUUGCGCGCGGAAGUAAACAUACGAGGAGAACGGAGUUUAUUCAACAUGGCUAGCGAGAGACAGACUUGUCAAUGACUCGUUGUGUUUUAGCUUAUUUAAAACUGAAUUUACCGCGGAUUGGAACAUAUUCUCGGCCCUCCCGUUCGCCAUCCGUGUUGUUCUAGAGACGACUUUCGGCGCCCAAGAGUGACGUUGCUCGUGAAGAACACCUCACGCAAAUAAACAAAUCUGAUUUGUCGAUUGAUUUUGUACCUUCUCGAGAGGCUGUGUCCCAGACUUCUCUCUCAGUGUUUGAAAAAUACAGGGAGAACAGUCUGGCCGUGCAAGGCAAACACUCAGUUGCCUUAACAUUUUUCCGAGUAAGGCCAACGACGUCAUGCAUCAAGAGAGACAAUAGCUAAUUAAUAUGCUCACUUGCCACCCUGUAGGUGUGAAUUGCAACCUGUCAAAAUGACGGAUGGACUUCAGUUUUUUCCGUCACCGUUUUAAAAAACCGGUCAACGACGGAAAAUAUUCGGUUAACGCGACCCCUGGUCAGAUCGUUUACAAAAGUGGUCGUAUGCGAAGAGCAACUUUUGCAAAAGUCUGACAGCGUGGAGCAGCGUGAAAAAAAUCCACCAUCACCAACGGGUUUCGAAAAGCCGGUCUGCUGCGUGAAGAGGACGACACGCUAAGGAGUGAGCUUGAGGAGUCAGCUAAGUGCCGUGUUGCUGGCGCUGUUUGGAAAGAAAAGUUAAGGUAUUGUAACGAUGACAAAUAGUAACCCGUUAAGUUAGGUUGCAAUUCUUUAUUUUGGAAACUCGUCGAACAACACACGACUGCUGCCUCUAGCAGCCGACGCACACACACAGACAAACCCGCAACAACAACGACAGCACGUCUCUUGCUCUUCCGCACCUCCCUUACCUGUAGGUCACGCGCUGUAUCAUAACCCGAUUCGUUAAAAUAUGGUAUUUAAACUUGGUAAACUGUGUAUUUCUUUAUAAAUAUUUCAGUUUAAUAUGUGGGCACACGCGGCUUAUAGGCAGGAGAGGUUUAUGUAUGUACAAAAUGCUUUUUCUUUUAAAAAUGUACUGGGUGAGGCUUGUAAUCCGGGGCGCUCAAUGGUCCAGAAAUUAAGGUACUGAAGAUGUUUAUCCAGCUGACGUCACAUUCGCAUUCUUCGUCAAUCCAGGAAGUCACUCAUUUUCAUGUCCCAGGAUUCAAAAUUGGAAUAAAUAUAUCGAUUCUUUCCACACACAUCCAAGCGGUACAUUUCAUUCAGAAGCAUAAAAUACUGUGUGACAUAUGAAAUACAGAAGGCUUUUUGCUGUCUUAGGCACUUUAAGGUAAUGGUCUCAACAUUCUUGCAGUAAAAAUAUUUUAUUUUUUCCAUUCUUUUUAAAUAUUAGUACUGGUUAUUACAUGUUAUUUCCCUUAAGAACAUUAUGAAAUAACAUUAAAACCAUGGUGUAAUGCACAAUAUUAUAUGUUUAAAAUGUGAGUGCAUGGGAAAGAAUGUUUGUGUGAGCCUUUUAUGAGGGAGAUGAAUGACUUUAGGACAUGUCCACACCAAGCAGGUUUUUUUUUUUUUAAACCGAGGAUCCUGCCCUAAUACAUUGGGAAAAAAUAAUUGCGUCCACACCAGCACGUUUGUAAGAGAAAAAAAAAAAAAAAAAAAAAACUUUACGUCAUUGGCUGCAACAAAUUUUGUCCUCACGUCACACAUGAGACCAAUUUUUACAUUUGGAGUAUAUUAAAUAGGCGCUUUUUUGCUUCCAUUUGUUUUUUUGUUUUUUUUACAAACUCUUGCUGUGCUUCUUAUUGAAAAAUGGGUAUUUUGGACAAUUAUUUAAUUGUUUUGAAUGUACUUAAAAAUGAAUGAAAGCGGUUGGCUGUGAAAGUUUUUUUUCUUUUCUACACAAACGUGCAGGUGUGGACGCAAUUAUUUUUCCCCGACGUAUUAGGGCAGAAUCCUCGUUUUUUUUAAAAAAAACCUGCUACGUGUGGACAUGGCCUUUCCCCGUCGUUCUUAAAUGUGCGUGUGCGUGUGGAUGAUAGGCAAACUGUAGAAAAAUGUCUUCUUUUUGCCAAAUAUCCUGCUACAUGUGGACAUGGCCUAAGUGAUAAAAACAGAACAUAUGUACUUAUCUUAGGUGAUUAUUGCUUUCUUUUUGUUCCUGAAUUGUGUGUUAUCAUCUCGUGUUCGUUAUAAGAAUGAAAGAACUUGUAAAAAGAGAAAUAUGACCCCCCCCCCCUUUAACUUCUUGAGCGUCCCAUAAAUUUUGGCAAGCGAUCUGCACACUAAUUUUGGAAAAUAUUAUAUCUGCCUUGCCUUUGAUCUCCAUUUGGGAAGUUUUUUUCUUUCAGUUUUUUUUUGGCUUUGUAUCAUUUGGUAGAGCAUAUAAGGAAGAAUCUUAUUUUAUUCAUUUGAUCUUAUUUUUGGCAGAAAAAAAUGCAUUCAUUAAUGUAAUCAAAUCAAAUCAAAACCUAAUUAUCUAUAAAUCAAAUAUAUAUCUCAGUCAAAAAAUGCAAAGGCUCUAAAUUUUUUUAAUUUGUGUUCCAAAUUUAAUAUUUUUGUUUCAUUUUUUUUUUUUUAACUCUGGCAUAUUUUACUUUGUAUUAUAAUUAUUUUAUGUAAAAAAAACAAAAAUUUCCCCCUAAUGUCUUUCUUGUACGUAUAUGUGAAUUGUUCAAUUGAAAACAAAACAAAAAUAUUGCUUCGGAUAUGACGUCAUCAAUACUUGCCGUCGCGUCUGAUUGCUUCGGAACGGGUUUGGAAGAUAAUCAACUUUUCAUCUGUCCUUGGCCCUAUGAAGUAAUAUAAUCCACUGAAAGGUGGCAGAAAUUUUCGGACACGCCAAGAAUUCGUUCAAUCUCGCUUCUGCUUGCAGUCGUUUGGGUGCACGUUGAAAUUUGAGAGGCCUGCUUAGGUUAGCUUUAGCCGCUAACAAAGAGAACAUACAACGCGCUUGGGAUCAACACAUCGCUGAGUAAGCAAGUCCCAAAAUGUCAGAUGUCAGUCAAGUGCAUCGUCCUGAACUCCAGGAAUCUGCUCGCAUAGGAGAAGAGGACAAGAAAGAGUCUCCAUACAUCAAGGUGGAGGAAGAAUUUGUCCACAUUAAAGAGGAGCAGGAAGAGUAUUUCAUUAGAGUUGAAAACCCCCUUAUUGAAGAGAAGCAGGAAUCUCAACCUCUCAAAAAGGAGGAGGAGAACCCUUCAUAUGUUAAAGAGGAGGUGGUGGACGUCCCCAAGUGGACGGGUGAGCCCUUGAAGGGUGAAGAUGGAGGUUCGAGUGAGGCCAGAAGAGGGGCGGAGCCUCCGAGUGGCAGCGGCAGUUCAACAGAAGGAUCCCAAGCAGACAACCUCAUUGCUCAACCACACUCGCUGUUCUGUUUCAGAAGAUAUCUUGUUGCUGAGUGGCAGGAGCCACAAUUUACUGGCAUUAGAGAGGAUGUUGAGCUCCCCCAAAUCAAAGAGGAGGAGCCAGAGCCCUGUCAACAGAAGCAAUUUCCAAUCAAAAAGGAGGCGGAAGAGCUGCCAUAUGUUAAAGAAGAGGAAGGUAUUAUCACCAGGUCGACUGGUGAGCCCUUGAUGAGUGAAGAUGGUCCGAGUGAGGCCAGCGGUGGGGCGAAACCUCCAAGUGGCGGCAGCAGCAGCAGCACAACAGAAGGAUUGCAAGGAGACAUUUUCAUUGCUCCAUCAGAUAGAAAUGGCGCCACGUCACUCUAUCCUUACAAUGAUGAUGGUCAUAAGAUAGCUCAGAGUGAAGACAAAUGCCCUCAGUGUGGGAAAACCUUUGCCAAUAGGUAUUCUUGUCGUAGGCAUAUGAGGAGCCACACUGGCGAAAAACCUUUUGUCUGCUCAAUUUGCGGUCAAAGAUUCAGUCACAAGAGCACCUUAAACAUACACACACGAAACCACACUGGGGAAAAACCUUUUUCCUGCUCAGUUUGUGAUAAAAGAUUCACUCUGAAGGAAGGCUUAACACAACACACAAGAACCCACACUGGUGAAAAACCUUUUGUCUGCUCAUUUUGUGGCCAAAGAUUCGGUUACAAGAGCGCCUUAAAAAGACACACACAAAUCCACAGUGGUGACAAACCUUUUUCCUGCUCAGUUUGCGGUCAAAGGUUCUCUCAAUCACAACGCUUAAAAACACACGCAACAACCCACACUGGUGAAAAACCUUUUGUCUGCUCAGUUUGCGGUCAAAGAUUCGCUCUGAAGGAACACUUAACACAACACACAAGAACCCACACUGGAGAAAAGCCUUUUACCUGUUCAGUUUGUGGUCAAAGAUUCAGUCUCAAGAGCACCUUAAAAAUACACACAAGAACCCACACUGGAGAAAAACCUUUUUCUUGCUCAGUUUGUUGCCAAAGAUUCACUCGCAAGAUCCAAUUAAAAACACACACAAGAACCCACACUGGUGAAAAACCUUUUGUCUGCUUAGUUUGUGGUCAAGGAUUCAGUCUCAAGGGCACCUUAAAAAUUCACACAAGAACUCACACUGGCGAAAAACCUUUUUGCUGCUCAGUUUGUGGUCAAAGAUUUACUCUGAAGGAACACUUAACACAACACACAAGAACCCACACUGGAGAAAAACCUUUUUCCUGCUCAGUAUGUGCCCAACGAUUCUCUAAAAAGGCUAACUUAAAAAUGCACACCAUAACCCACACUGGAGACAAACCUUUUUCCUGCUCAGUUUGUGGUCAAGGAUUCACUCGAAAGCAAACAUUAAAAAGACACAAAAGAACUCACACGGGAGUUAAACCUUUUUCCUGCUCAGUUUGUGGUAAAAAAAUCUCUUUAAAAAGCAACUUAAAAACACACAUAAGAACUCACACUGGAGAAAAAUCUUUUUCCUGCUCAGUUUGUGGUCAAGGAUUCACUCGGAAGGCUCAGAUUAAGAUACACGUGUGUCUUGGUGUGAGAAGCAGUGGCCAAUAACAGGACGAUGGAAUUCUGUAGAGCUUCCUCAAAUCCUGAUAAAGAUAUGCACUUUGGGUGCCUUACAUGUGCUUUGUCCAAUCCUUGCAAGAUGUUCAUCCACACCAUUGCCAAAAGUAUUCCUUCACCUGAUUUAACUCAAGUUGUCAUUAUUUAUUCAGUACUCUCUCUUACUAACACUGAAUUGUGGAACUAAAAGACUGCUUCCGAAUGGCCAGACUAACUCCAAAAAUCCUUACUUUUACAAAAAAAAAGUAAAAGUCCUCUAAAAAUAAUCCACUUUCUCCCUCGUGUUACAACUCCCAUCAGUGAGUGUUCGUGUUGACACAACUUGAUGCAUAAUGUGAAUGUGAAUAAUUUUCUUUUUGACAUUAUUUUUUCUCGAUUUUUAUUAGUUGUGUUUAGCCUGUCAAUUUGAGUACCACUUCCAUUUUGUUGUACAUUAUAUGCAAUGACGAAGGCAUUCAAUGUAAGUGUUCAAAUAAUAAUUAGGCAUUAAUGUUGCAAGGGAAAAAGUCAAUGUGAUGAGAGUUUGUGGAUAGAAGAAACACAAAAACAAAUCUGCACAUGAUUAAAAAUACAGUCUUUUGGGAUGCUGAAAGCAGAGAUUUUGUUGUGUACAAUUUUCACCACUAGAUGACACUUACCAUUCAAAACUAUUGGGCCAGCAUUCCACCAAAAUACAUCCAGCAGAUCAGAAGAUGAAUACAUUUUAAGGUAUUUAUUUCAAUACUUAGAUGUACUUUGCAAAUUCUGUUCUGAUAUUAUGGAAUAUACACUUGUUAUUAACCAUUACAAUUAUAUAUAUAUAGUUAACAGUUUGUGCAGUAGAUUCUCAGAAAACUAACAAGACCCAGCAUUCAUGACAUACACGCUCUUAAGGUUGUGCAA